AUACAUACCAUCGUCGAUAUGUCUGAUAAGUCCAGUGCUAGCUCGUCACAUUCGCUACAUUCUCGAGGCACUGUCGAUGUGGUAUCAGCCGCUGCCUUUAGCGCAACCCGCAAGCCUCCUGCCAUGUGGACAAAAGCAGAGGAAGGCGCCUUUCUGGACUUCCUCCUGCUUGCCCUACCUUCGUCCGGAGAUGGAGGCUUCAAGAUGCCUGCCUUUAAUCAGGCAUCCGCCAAUCUUAAGCUCAAAUUCCCACAUCAGAGAGGCGCAGAAAAGAGUGGUCUAGUUUGCAAGACCAAAUGGCAAGUGCUAAAAAAAGCAUACCACAGCGUUAUCAAAAUCAAGUGUACGUCGGGCUUUACGUGGAGUCACAAGCACGGAGCGGGUAUUAUGGAUAGAAAAGACGAUGUUUGGGCACGCUUUGUCAAGACACACCCUCAUGCGAAGCCCUUCAUGAUGAAGGGCUUCGAGCACUUCAAAAUCAUGGAACAACUGAUUCCAAGCAAAGCCAAAGGCUCGCAUGUA